UUCUUUCUUUCGCAACUAUUUAUAACAUUUUCCUUACAAUUAUCGCUUGAAUUCAAAUUCCAAUACGAUAACUUGGCCGGUCUGACAAUCCUUCCUACUCAACAAACCCCACUUGCGCGCCUUAUUUUAAUCCUCAUUUUUUCUCUCUCCUCCCCAAAAUUCCACUUUGUAUUCAACAACCAAACAAUCAACAAUGUCGUCGUCCUCUUCUUCCUCCUCCUCCGAGUCCGAUCAAAUCAAUUUCAGAACCCAAAUUCUCCUUCACCAUCUGAACCCAAUUCUCUCUCCUUCACCAACUUCUCUCUCCUCUUCACCAUGCCUCUCCUACUCUCCUCCCGAACUCUCCGAACCUUGUGCCACUAUAAGUUUUGACACCAAAGAAAUGAGAAACCUUUUGGAUAUGCACAACAUAGAAGACCGUGAUGGGCUCUAUAAUCUUAUAAUUGAGAGCAGUGUGUUUAAUCCCAGAAAGGUGGGCAGCAGGGUUUUUGUUUCCCCUGACUAUAAUCAGCCUAUGGAACAGCAGAGAGAGGUGACAAUGGAGCGGCUGCAGUACUUGGUGGAUCAUGGGGUUCUUGGAGGGUGGAUAACAGAGAGAGGAGCAGCGAUUGAACUUAGGAGAAUGGCUUUGAAUGAGGUUGUUCAGAUUUAUGAUCACUCCCUUGCUGUCAUGCUGGGGGCUCAUUACUUUUUGUGGGGUGGUGCGAUCCAGUUUUUUGGCACAAAGCGUCAUCAUGACAAAUGGCUGAAAAUAACAGAGGAAUAUGGUAUAAAGGGUUGCUUUGCUAUGACUGAACUGGGGCAUGGAAGUAACGUAAGAGGAAUUGAAACAAUCACUACCUAUGAUUCAAAUACUGAAGAAUUUAUCAUCAACACUCCAUGUGAAUCAGCUCAGAAGUACUGGAUAGGAGGAGCAGCUAAACAUGCAACUCACACUGUUGUGUUCUCACAACUCAAAAUCAACGGUAAAGACGAAGGAGUCCAUGCAUUUAUAGUGCAGAUUAGGGAUGAAGAUGACAAAAUCUGUCCAAAUAUUCGUAUUGCUGAUUGUGGUCAUAAAAUUGGGCUGAAUGGUGUUGACAAUGGUCGUAUCUGGUUUGACAAUGUGCGAAUCCCGCGGGAGAAUUUAUUGAAUUCAGUUGCUGAUGUUUCUCCUGAUGGCCAAUAUCUUAGUGCAAUAAAAGAUCCUGUUCAGAGGUUUGCUGCAUUUCUUGCUCCAUUGACAUCAGGUCGUGUCAAUAUUGCAGUCAGCUCCAUUUACGUAGCAAAGGUCGGUUUAGCUACUGCUAUAAGAUACAGUUUGUCAAGACGAGCCUUUUCCCUGGCACCAAAUGAACCUGAGGUAUUAUUGCUCGACUAUCCAAGCCACCAGCGCCGGCUCUUGCCUCUUCUUGCAAAGACAUAUGCUAUGAGUUUUGCUGGAAACUAUUUAAAAUCAAUAUAUGUGAAACGGACACCUGAAACAAAUAAGAUUAUCCAUGUUGUUUCAAGUGCCCUAAAAGCUACACUAACUUGGCAUAACAUGCGCACUCUUCAGGAGUGCCGUGAAGCCUGUGGGGGUCAAGGUUUGAAGACUGAAAAUCGUGUGGGUCACUUGAAAGGCGAGUAUGAUGUACAAUUAACCUUUGAAGGGGACAAUAAUGUUCUCAUGCAGCAGGUGAGCAAAGCAUUGUUUGGGGAAUAUAUGGCUACUCAGAAGCAAAAUAGACCAUUUAAAGGAUUGUGGUUGGAGCACAUGAACAGCUCUAGCCCUAUCAUUCCUGAUCAACUGACAGGUUCUAUUCUCAGGAGCAGCCAGAUUCAGACUGAUAUUUUCUACCUGAGAGAGAGAGACCUACUACAUCGUUUUGUAGCUGAAGUUUCAGCAUAUCAAAAGCAAGGAAGAAAUAGAGAACAUGCUUUUGUCCUGGCUUAUCAGCUUGCAGAAGAUUUGGGCAGAGCUUUCGCAGAUAAGGCGGUUUUGCUUACUUUUAUAGAGGCUGAAGCAAAGGUUCCUGUUGGACCAUUGAAGGAUGUGUUAGCGUUGUUGCGAACAUUGUAUGCUUUGAUAGUCUUGGAAGAAGAUGUUUCAUUCCUUCGUUAUGGCUACUUGACUGUUGAGAAUGCUGCUGUCGUGAGACAAGAAGUGAUUAGGCUCUGCAGUGAACUGCGUCCCCAUGCACUGGCUUUGGUCAGUUCUUUCGGCAUUCCAGAUGCAUUCCUGAGCCCUAUUGCGUUUGAUUGGAUUGACGCAAAUUCAUGGUCCUCGGUCCAACACUGAUUAAAUUACUUAAAACUGCAAUUUCAUGGUUUUUGGUUCAGUGGAUCCAAUAUUUGCUUAGAGAAUGUAUCUUGUCAACUUUUAGUUCUUUCAACUCGAUCUUUGCCUCCCUGGAAUUAUACAAGUAGGUGAACUAUAAACGUUCAGGAGAUUGUUCCCAUGUAAUAGUUUCGUUUUUCCUUCUGUCUUCCACCUCGUGUCUUAGUUCUCUAACCUUAAACAGUUGGUCCCUUUGAACUCAUCAAUAAGCAUUGGGGAGAUGUUCCCAAUGAGCCCAA